CCACUCAAAAUUAGGGACAAGAUUAAAUAACCCCUCAUUCUUCUUUAUAAAGGAGGGGGGGGAGAACAAAAAUUGAGGCGAUAAAAAUAGAGAGAACGGACAAAUACAGAAAACACGAAAAGGAGGGAUCUUUUUCUUUGCUAAGUUUCAGCGCCGCAAGACUGGAAAGAAUUCCUUUUUUCAUUGUAAAAAAAAAAGCUUCAUGCCAACAUCUUCAUAAGUUUUCCUUCUUGACCAAGAUCUAGAUACCAUGAUUACACCAUAGCAAAAAAAAUACUUAAUUGAAAACACUUCCAAGCUGCCUUCAUUUUUUUUGAGUCGAGUUCAUCGUAGGAUUGUGUUUCGAGUCGAGGUCCUCUAACCAUUUUUCUCCGACGAGGUUGCUGAUCGAGUUUCCGGAAAGGCCUAGUUGAAUCGUUGAAAUACAUAAGCUCAAGAACAGAGUGUUGUCUUAGGAACAAAAUUGUUGUAAAAGCUGCUGCCUUUGGCGAUACUUUUCUAAUGGCAAAUAUAUAAUGGUCCGAUCCAGAGGUGGAAGCGAUAAACCUAAAGGGAGGGCAGAAUCCUCCUGUGGCAGGGGAAAAAGGAAAACCAAGAUACCACUAGCAGUCCAAAAAUCAAUUGGAAAGAUGCGAGCUGCAAUAAAAGCUGCGGAUAGAGCAGCGGACCACUCAGAUACGAGUGAGUACGUUCCUUCCCAAGAAACUUCGGAAGGGGACUCUGUGCCUACUCAUGUCCCAGAUUUCCUGGAGAAAUUUCGAUUGGUGGAUGUACCCACCUCCUCUACUGAGUCGUCUAAUGACUCAGAGGAAGGUAGUGAGGCGUCGGGAUCAUCUUCCCCACCUGCUGCAACUCCGGCCUCACCAGCUGCCCCUGCCCCUACUGAUAUUGAUGCUACCGAGGUCCCGGAUAAUGGGAGAGGGGGUGAUACUAUUGUUGGGGGAUUGGAAAGGUCAAGAAAAUCGGAGGUGUGGCAGCUUCGAUUUGUCAGUGAAAAAGCCUACCACAAAUUCCGGGAAUGGUGGCCAUAGAGGUCGCUCACCCUUGAGAGGCAAUUCAUAGAAAGAGAUCUUCUACUCUACAAUCCCAAUAUGAAGAGGUAAUUUGAUGAAAGAGUGGGGCGGAAAUUCUUCACCAGUAAGAUGCUGGAGGCUAAUGGGCACUUAGUCAAAGAGUUCUACGCCAAUGUUGCCCACAUCAAAAAGGGCACCUAUGUGACUAAGGAUCGGAACAGGAAGAUCAGAUUUGAUGGCAAGAAACUGAACACAUAUGCCGGGUUCGAUGAUGGGGACAAAUCCCUAAACUUGGAGAAGGUGGCUUUAGAUGAGGCAGCCCGUCCAUGGCUCGCGGAGGUGAUAGCCAUCCACGGGACAACACCGGCUUGGCUUACACCUGGGUUCCAAAUAGCUAGAAACACUCUGAGCUUUGAAGCGAAAGGGUGGUGUACAUUUGUUUGCAGCCGGCUAGACCCAUCCCAGCAUGACAGUGAUAUCCCAGUCUCCCGGCCAAUUGUUGUGGCUUCUAUUAUGACGGGGUACCCGAAAAAUAUGGGAAAUAUCAUGUCAAGAAACAUCACCUGUCACGACCCAAAAUCCAUUAAAGGUUGUGAUGGCGCCGGACACCACUGUCAGGCAA